CACACAUCCUGAAUGCCACGCGUUGUUUUUAACGGGCUGCCUGCUGUUGUUUUCAGGGCUGGAGGAGAUCAGACCGGUUCGGCAGGUUUGUGCGGGCCAACGCAGGUGAGGCAGCCGGGGAAGAAGGGCGGGGAUCCGCUGCCAGAGACGGUAUAAUCAGGAAGAAGCUGACAACAUGGUGCGGCGGCGGAGCGCUCCGGACACCGACUGAGAACAGGAUUCACCUUUUUAAUAUUCAUCUGAAGAGGAAAAAGCAAUAACUGACACGCCGAGAUGAGUCGGCCGCACGCUGACUCCCAGGGUUCCCUGGGGCCCAACGAUGAGGUCAUGCCAUACAGUGACGACGAGACGGAUGACGAAUUAGCGGAAGAAAGCUCUGAAGAGGAAGAAGAAGUUCAGCCAAGACCCCCACAACCCCCAGAGGAGGCAAGACCCCAGGAGGUCACCUGGAAGGUGAAAGCCAACGACCGAGCCUAUCACAAGCUGCCAGAGUUUAAGAAAAAAGUCUUUCUGUGCAUCAAGAAGAGCAAAUACUCGGAAAAUGCCAUUAAGACCUACAAGUACAACGCCCUCACCUUCCUUCCCCUGAACCUGUACGAACAGUUUAAGAGAGCAGCCAAUGUCUACUUCCUUGGUCUGCUUAUCUUACAGAUUAUUCCAGAGAUUUCUACUCUGCCCUGGUAUACCACUCUGAUUCCUCUGGUCAUCGUACUGGGAAUCACUGCCAUCAAAGAUCUGGUGGAUGAUCUGGCACGCCACAGGAUGGACCGGGAGAUCAACAACAGAAAGUGUGAUGUCCUGCUAAAUGGCAGGUUUCAAGAGGCCAAGUGGAGGGAAAUCCAGGUUGGAGAUGUGGUUCGUAUCAAGAAAAACGACUUUAUCCCGGCUGACAUCCUGCUGUUAUCCAGCUCCAACCCAAACAGCCUGUGUUAUGUUGAAACAGCUGAGCUUGAUGGAGAAACUAACCUCAAGUUUAAGUUGGGACUUCGAGUGACUGACGAGAGGCUUCAGGAGGAGCGUCAGCUGGCUGAGUUCAACGCCCUGAUUGAGUGUGAAGAGCCAAACAACCGUCUGGACAAGUUCACAGGGAUAAUGCAGUGGGACCGGGAGCGCUACCCUCUGGAACUGGACAACAUGCUUCUCCGAGGCUGCAAGAUGAGAAACACUGACUGGUGCCACGGGCUGGUCAUCUUCGCAGGGGCUGAUACUAAAAUCAUGAAGAAUGGCGGCAAAACGAGGUUCAAGAGGACCAAAAUCGAUGAGCUGAUGAACUACAUGGUUUACACAAUCUUCGCGCUGCUCAUCUUGGUGGCGGCCGGUCUGGCCAUUGGUCACACCUACUGGUACCAGUACGUCGGUGCUAACGCCGGGUAUCUGAAUGAUGGCAAAGAUCAGACCCCCGGCUACAGGGGCUUUCUCACCUUCUGGGGAUACAUCAUCGUCCUCAACACCAUGGUGCCCAUUUCACUUUAUGUCAGCGUGGAGGUGAUCCGCCUGGGCCAGAGUAAGUUCAUCAACUGGGACCUGCAGAUGUAUUUUCCAGAAAAAGACACACCAGCUAAGGCUCGGACCACCACCCUGAACGAGCAGCUCGGGCAGAUCCAGUACAUCUUCUCCGACAAGACGGGAACGCUGACGCAGAACAUCAUGCAGUUCAAGAAGUGCAGCAUCGCUGGACGCAAUUACGGUGAUCCAACCACUGCUGAGGGUGUUUCACUGGAACGAGGAAAGCUGGUGGACUGGGGCUGGAACCGCUACGCUGAUAAGAAGUUCCCGUUCAUGGAUCAUUCCCUGGUCGCUCAUGUUCGGUCCAAGAAGGAUAAAGACGCCACGGAGUUCUUCAAACUGCUCUCCCUCUGCCACACCGUCAUGGCGGAGGACAAAGAUGGUGAGCUCAUAUACCAGGCGGCGUCCCCCGAUGAAGGCGCCCUGGUCACGGCUGCCAGGAACUUCGGCUACGUGUUUCUGUCUCGCACGCAGGACACCAUCACCAUCUGGGAGAUGGACCAGGAGGCGACCUACGAAAUGCUGGCGCUGCUCGACUUCAACUCCGACCGCAAGCGCAUGUCUAUCAUCUUGAAGUUUCCCGAUGGCCGUAUUCGUCUCUACUGUAAAGGAGCAGACACCGUCAUUUACGAGCGUCUCGCCCCCAACUCCAGAUAUAAGGAGACCACCCAGAGUGCUCUCGAUGUCUUUGCCAACGAGACUCUGCGGACGCUGUGCUUGUGUUACAAAGACAUCAGUGCGGAGGAGUAUGAAGCCUGGUCCAGGAAGCACAAAGAGGCCCAGGUGACCCUUAGUGACCGAGACGCUGCCCUCGACCACGUGUACGAGCAGAUCGAGAACAACCUGAUGCUGAUUGGAGCCACGGCUAUCGAGGAUAAACUGCAGGAUGGAGUUCCGGAAACUAUCGCCAAGCUGGCCAAGGCGGACAUCAAGAUCUGGGUCCUGACCGGAGACAAGAAAGAAACGGCAGAGAAUAUCGGAUAUUCCUGUUCCCUUCUGACGGAUGACAUGGACAUCCACUACGGAGAGAACGUCAAUGAGAAGCUAACGAGACGUCAGGCCAGCAGACGAGGUGACCCUCAAGCUUUCCGUCAAGCUAAGAAGAAAUCUUCGGAGCCGUUCUUUACCGGGAAUAACAAAAACGCCCUCAUCAUCACCGGAGGAUGGCUGAACGAGAUUCUCUAUGAAAAGAAGAAGAAACGCCGCCGGCUGCGGCGUCUGCGUCUGAAAAAGCGUCCUCCUCCCAGCACCCCUCAGGAUGGACAGCCGAUGGAUGACUGGGAGAAAGAGAUGAGACAGAUUGACUUUGUGAAUAUGGCCUGUGAGUGCGAGGCGGUCAUCUGCUGUCGCGUGACACCGAAACAAAAGGCCAACGUGGUGAGUUUGGUGAAGAAGUACAAGAAGGCCGUGACGCUGUCCAUCGGAGACGGAGCCAACGACGUGAAUAUGAUCAAAACUGCAGACAUCGGUGUUGGGAUCAGCGGUCAGGAGGGGAUGCAGGCCGUCAUGUCCAGCGACUACGCCUUUGCUCAGUUCCGUUACCUGCAGCGCCUCCUGCUGGUGCACGGGCGCUGGUCUUACAUCCGGAUGUGCAAGUUCCUGCGUUUCUUCUUCUUCAAGAACUUCGCCUUCACUCUGGUCCACUUCUGGUUCUCCUUCUUUAACGGAUACUCCGCACAGACUGCCUAUGAAGACUGGUUUAUCACACUCUACAACCUGGCUUACAGCAGCUUGCCCGUUCUACUUGUUGGACUUCUCGACCAGGACGUCAACGACAGACUGAGCCUGAAAUUCCCGCGACUCUACCUUCCCGGCCAGCAGGGGACGCUGUUCAACUACAAGAACUUCUUCAUCAGCUUGUUCCACGGCAUCUUUGUAUCACUCAUCAUCUUCUUCAUCCCCUACGGGGCCUUCCUGCAAACCAUGGGGCAGGACGGAGAAGCCCCCUCAGACUACCAGUCUUUUGCUGUCGUAACCGCGUCAUCGCUGGUUUUUAUCGUGAACCUGCAGAUCUCUUUGGACACCUCCUACUGGACCUUCGUCAACUGCUUUGCAGUUCUGGGCAGCAUAGCCAUCUACUUUGGAGUCAUGUUUGACAUCCACAGUGCAGGGAUCCACGUCAUCUUCACCUCCAUUUUCACCUUCACUGGGGUAGCACCAAAUGCUCUGCGUCAGCCGUAUCUGUGGUUAACCAUCAUCCUUACUGUGGGCAUCAGCCUGCUGCCGGUCAUCUGCAUCCAGUUCCUCAGUAAAACAGUCUCUCCCUCUGUGGGAGACAAGGUCCAAAGAAACAGGAAAAAGUACGAGAUGGAGCUGAAGGAAGAGGAGGCUAAGAAAAAGCCGUCACCCUUCCAGCGUGGCGGGCGUUCCCGGCGAUCCGCAUACGCCUUCUCUCACUCCCAAGGCUACGCUGACCUUAUUGCGUCUGGGCGGAGCAUACGACGGCGCCCACCGGGACGUGCUGGACCCCAGGAGAGCAUCAGGGAGCAUCCUCGGAGAGAGGCCGAAAACAUCUGAAGGGUCGGGUCGGAGCGUGAGACGGAGCUACAGCUGAGGGAGUUGUAAACAUUUGAGGGUGCGAGGAGCGCUUGGUUCUUCUUUUAGUUUUGGUCCAAGUUUAAGAAGAUCUUUCCCUUUGGGGUAUUCUGAGCGUCUCAGAAGGGUAAAAGAAAAUGGGCACUCCUGAAGUUUCAUCAAUGAUGCUCUGCUCCAGUCUGUGACCUAGACUCACCGCCUCCAGGUCCAUCUCUAUGCACAAACUGUUGAAAUGCAAAAGCUCACCGAAAACGACUGCCGUUACGGGGUCAGAGGUCAUGCAGCAUCUGUGUGACUGAUAAUGUUAUUUAACUCAGGAGUUUUAAAAUGAGAGCCUUAUUUUUAGUCACUUUGUCCCUGCUAAGUCUUUCUGUACUGUAACAUUAAUAUGGUAAUUUUGAUAUCCACAGAACUCUCGAUAUAUUAGUGUUUCGUUAAAGUUUAAGGAUAAUCCAGUUAAUUAAUCUGUACUGCAUGAAAUCAGGCUGCAGCUUCUGUUUAGUUUGAUUUCCAUCCGUUGAUCUACAUUAAGCCAGUGGGCUGAAGCUAAACAAGUCAAGAUAUCAGCUUUUUAAUAUGUUAUUCUACAUAAUAGUGGGAUGUUACCAUGCUAGGCAGUGCAGGGUGGUCAGAUGUUAUAAAGUGUGUCUUAAUUUAAAAUGAGUUGUGAAUGGUGAUCUUUUCUCCUCUGCUGCAUUAAACUAAGUGCACUUGGUGUUUCAGGGACUUCAUCCUUGAACUCUUUAAAUACCUCUUUUCUGUGCCUUAGUAGAUUUUUUUUUCCUUCAAUAUUUUGUAGAACAUGUUUCAUACAGAACGUAUUUCUGUCUGACAGGGACAGAAACGGAGCGAGGAUGUUCCAGUUUAUCUUCAUUUGAUUUACUCGUUGGUUCUUUACUUCCUGUUUUUGUAAAUUCUAAGUUACACGUUCUUUAGGUCCAAACAUAAGAAUUGUGUGUGAAUGUGUUUGUUUCAUUGUUUACAAUCAACCCAAAGAAAUCUUUUUUCCUGUAAUCAGGUUUAGAAUAUUUAGGAGCCAAAACUGAUGAUAGUUCCUGUUACUGUAUCUUUCUCAUGCUGGUGUUACUGUUUGCAGAUGAUGUCUUUUUAUUCCUGAGUGAAUGGAACAGUCGACCAGGACUGCUGUUAAGCACCAGCAGCAGUUUGGUCUUUGUCAUGUGAUGGUAUUUUAUCAUGUGGUUGUUAAUAAAAGCACAUUUAGCAAUCUGAAA